UCCUUACGACACGAUUUCGCAGAACACGCGUUGCAGGGAGAAGCCGCGGAUUUGAGUUUUGCAGCUAACAAGCUAACACGUACUGUGUAAUGCACAGCUUUGUCUGUUUAUGGGAAUGUUUCACUUCUAACACUCAGAACGUCCAGUUUUUGUAUGAAUCAACAUGAACCUUGACAGGCUCAGAAAGCGAGUGCGGCAGUACAUUGACCAGCAACAAUAUCAAAGUGCUCUGUUUUGGGCCGAUAAGAUAGCAUCACUCUCUCAUGAGGACCCCCAGGAUAUCUACUGGCUCGCUCAGUGCCUUUAUCUCACCUCACAGUACCACAGAGCCUCACACGCCCUCCGGUCACGAAAGCUUGACAAGUUAUAUGGAGCUUGUCAGUAUCUUGCUGCUAGGUGCCAUUAUGCUGCCAAAGAGUUCCAGCAGGCCUUGGACAUCCUGGAUGCAGAGGAGCCAGCUAAUAGGAAGCUACUUGAGCAAAGGGGGAAGGAGGACGGUGGGACAGAGUCUGCAAAGGACUGGGACAUGUCUCCAGCUUCUAUCAGUAGCUCCAUCUGCCUCCUGCGGGGUAAGAUCUACGAUGCCAUGGACAACAGGCCUCUGGCAACCUCCAGCUACAAAGAGGCCUUGAAACUAGAUGUGUACUGCUUUGAAGCCUUUGACCUUUUGACUUCCCACCACAUGUUGACGGCACAGGAAGAAAAAGACUUCCUCGGGUCACUUAACCUUAAUCAGCAGUGCACAGAGGAAGAGGAGGAGCUGCUACACUUCCUUUUUGAAAAUAAAUUAAAGAAGUAUAACAAGCCCAGUGAUCUGGUGGUGCCAGAGAUGGUAAACGGUCUUCAGGACAACUUGGAUGUAGUCGUGUCUCUUGCUGAGAGGCACUAUUAUAAUUGUGAUUUCAAGAUGUGCUACAAACUCACAGCCAUGGUGUUGGUAAAAGACCCUUUCCAUGCCAACUGUUUACCAGUUCACAUAGGAACGUUGGUGGAGCUCGGUAAAUCAAAUGAGUUAUUUUACCUCUCACACAGACUUGUUGACUUGUACCCCAACAACCCGGUAUCCUGGUUUGCCGUUGGGUGCUACUAUCUCAUGGUCGGCAGCAAAAAUGAACACGCCCGCCGAUACCUUAGCAAAGCCACGACCCUGGAGAGAACCUACGGUCCUGCGUGGAUCGCCUACGGCCACUCGUUUGCUGUGGAGAGUGAACACGAUCAAGCCAUGGCUGCCUACUUCACUGCUGCUCAGCUGAUGAAAGGCUGUCACUUACCCAUGCUCUACAUUGGACUGGAAUAUGGUCUGACCAACAACUCUAAACUGGCAGAGCGUUUCUUCAGCCAGGCUCUCAGCAUCGCUCCAGAAGACCCAUUUGUCAUCCAUGAGGUGGCGGUGGUUGCGUUUCAAAAUGGGGACUGGAAAACAGCAGAAAGGUUAUUUCUUGAUGCAAUGGAGAAGAUCAAAGCCAUAGGGAAUGAGGUUACUGUGGACAAGUGGGAGCCCUUGUUAAAUAACUUGGGUCACGUGUGUCGAAAACUGAAAAAGUACGAGCAGGCUCUGGAGUACCACCGUCAAGCCCUGGUGUUGAUCCCGCAGCACGCCUCUACUUAUUCUGCAAUAGGAUACGUGCACAGCCUCAUGGGAGACUUUGAAAGUGCCAUUGACUAUUUUCACACAGCACUAGGACUGAAAAGGGAUGACACUUUCUCCGUGACCAUGCUCGGUCAUUGCAUUGAGAUGUACUUCGGUGACACAGAUUCCUAUAUCGGCACAGACAUAAAUGACAAGGUGCGAGGCAGCUUGACCACUCCGGCGCUGAUGAAGAUGUUGAACACAUCAGAGUCUGGUGAGCUUCCAGCUGAGCCAAGGUUGGAUGAGACGAGCGUGACGCCACUGGAAACGCCCGUAUCCAAUCAGGACAAGAUGAUGCUGGAGACGCCUCUUCGGCUCUCAUUGACCCUUGAGUGUGACAUGUACGAGAGCGACAUGAUGCUAGACACCCUAUCAGACACCAGCACGUGAUCUUAUCCUGUGAGGAGGUGGAACUGCUGUAGUAACAGGUUGUCAUGGAUGCAAGUACCCAAGCCCAAAGGACAUCAACCAACCCACAUGUUCAGCAGCUGUCCUUUCCCCCUUUGUGCACUAUGUAGUGGUCUUAAACAAAGAUACAGUGAAGGUUUUGAACGGAGAUUUGUGAAUUUGUAUCCAGUACCCAUUGUAUACCAUAAGAAUUAACAAGAAUGCACUUUAAAAGGGGGUGUAUGAACACAUGCCUUGUUUAAGAGGUUGAAUGUGUUUAGUCUUGGGCUGAAACACUGGAAACACGUGGCCCCCUGCCUCCUGUUUUUCAAACACAGCCACGUACCUCACAUCACAUGUUAAAGAUGAUAUCACUUGUUACUGCCUGAGGCAGGACCCUCCCUGCUGCUUAACCUGUGGAUUUUCACUCUGGAUGAAGAACCAGCUGAAUAGAAUCAAUUUUGGUGAAUAGAUUUUUGUUGUUAUUCCUACAAUAAACCAUGCAUUUAUCUCUUUAAAAAAAAAAAAAGUUGUGUUAUGGGUUAUUGUGCUUUUCCCACCCAGUUCAACACUUUAACAUGGCAAUAAACUGGUGGUACAUAGA